AUGUCGAAACGCAGCAAAAGCAGAGAUGACGGGGGAGAUACUGAUGAUGACACAGAGCAGCAGCAGCAGCAGCAGCAACAGCAGCAGCAAGAUGAGGAGUGCGACGAGCAGCAACAGCAGCAAGACGCCGAUAGUGAACAUCAACAGCAGCAGCAGCAAGAGCUGCAGGAAGAGCAGCAGCAGCAGAACGAUAUGCAGGAAGAGCAGCAGCAACAACAACAGCAGCAGCAGCACAUAGAAAACCUCCCUGGGUGGGUGCCGCAGGGGCAGGCUGAGCAGCAACAGCAGCAGCAGCAGCAACAGCAGCAGCCGCAACAGCAGCAGGGGACGGUUUUGUAG